AUGACGCGGCUCCGUGCCCGGCCGUCUCCCGGCCACGACCGCCGGGGAAGGCGGUGGGUGCAUCCCCGGUGCCCCUCUGCCAAGCGGGGCCCUCCCUCCGGGGGCGUGCGUGGGGGACGCGGCUUCUUCGCAACAAAAGCGGGGCGGCGCCGGGCGAGCGAACAGCCUGCGAACACCGCCACGGUGCCGGGGAAGGAAACGGGACGGGUGCUCCGCGGGGCCUCGGUGGGGCCCGGCCGCCGGGUAGGUAGGAGGGACCUACGCCAGCCGGGGCGGUGCCGGGAGCGGCUCUCCCGGCCCGCAGUCCCGGCGAGAGGAUGGUCCAGGAACGCGGCACCGGGCCGCCGCUUCGUGCAGGGCCUGGCCGGAGCCAUCCGAGUGGGAAAUCUCCAGCCAUCUGCUCGUGGCUGCCAAAUCUGGCACCCAAACAUGUGGGCUGCCAGCCAAGCCCCGAGGGUGGGGAUGGCAAAGCAAAGGCCGCUGCCAGAAGUGCCCCCGCUGCUGGAGCUAGGGAAGCUGUCGUUGGCCGGGGAGCUGUCAUUGCCCAGACAGCUGGAUGGGGGCACAAGCCAUGGUGCCUCAGGCAGGGAUCCGGCAGCUUUGGGCACCUUCCAGGGAGAGGAGAAUGAGUUGGUGUGGUGGAGUGAGGCUGGGGCAGCGUGUGCUCUGUUAAGGAUGCUACCCGCUAAGGACUGUUCCAGGGCUUGAACAUCUCCCAUGUGUGACCUGCCCUCAGCCUGGGGAAAAUGACAGUUGCCAAGACAAUGGCGGACCAGUGAUGUUGAGAUCUUCUUUCUAAGGACUUCCUUCAAUGGAUAGACACAGAUUUUUUCACACUAUACUUCACUCAGCUGUGUUUGUGUCACUCAGCAGUGUAAAGGGAACCAGUAUCCCAGACCAUCUCUGCAGGGAUGUUGCUUGGUGUGGUGCAUCAUUGAGAGAGCUGCCUUUGACCCCUUUCUCCUCACAGCCCUCGGUGGAACAGAUAACAAGAAGGCCUGCAGAAGGAAAGGUGAAUAGGGUAUUCUCACUUCAGUGGUGGUCUCCUGAAAGCCAAAACCACUGGAGCUUAGAUUGAGUUUGAGGUAACAACAUCUCCUACUGAGUGGAGAUUCAGAGAACCAGAACUAGUUCUUGGAGAGUUCCAGCUGCUUUUAGCAGCAAGUGCAGACUCCAGAUGGCUUCACACAGUUUUACUUACGAGCGUGGUCAGUGUUUAGAAAAGAAACAGCACUUCAGCCAAGGUUCCUAUAAAUCAGACACUCUGGUUUUUUGCGAGAAACAAGAGGAGGCUCUUAAUAUGAAUAUUUAUCCUGUGUGUUUCAUAACAACAUUUCAGAAGUAGAAAUGUAUGUUAUGAAUGUGGGGUUUGCACAUGAUGUCAACCAUGUGCAAACCCCACUACAAGGUGCAUGCUGGACCAGCAGUUCCCUUGCAGGAUAAGGCCUUCCUGCACUUGUAGAGCACCCCUUGUAUAUCUGUGUAUGUAUAUUCACACACAUAUUUCCAAAGAAGGUUCUUUUAAUGCUUUUGAGCAGGAGCACCUACAUUUAAUGAAGAAAAGCCAUCAUUCUCCCAUGACAUCCCUUGAAUGACACAACAAACACCAUUAAUGGUGAGCAAACAGUUUUUACAGGAGAGAAUGGCAUCUUUUCAAUACAUUUACUUCCAAGAGGAUAUCAUCUUUUUCUUUGAAUCCUGAGCAAUAGCAUUUCCCAUGGCUCUAUUUCCCUAUACACUUUGAAGAGAUGGCUUUUCCCAUGUGUUUACCACACUGUUGAGCUGUAUCAGUUGGUUGGUGACCGAGACACAUUUGCGU